AUGCCUUCGCCAACGCCAUCAGACGAUCUCACAAUAAAUAUAUGUUCAAAUGGAAGACUCACACUGUCAUCAUGCAAAGAUGUAGACCAUCAUUAUAACAUAAUGAACAAUUACGGGGGCGGAGCAGCCAUUGCCAGUCAGGACAGGGUGUACCAGGGAUACCCGUACGUCAACCCAAUAGUGUUAGAUGUUCCAACUAUAGACGCGGCGACUGCUGCACGAUACACAGAUCUACCGAGGAGACCGUGGGUGAGAGAAGAACCUUCUGGAAGCCAGUCCAAUGUAUCUCAAACCAGCGCUGGUUCUUCAAAACCAGUAGACAAGUCACCAUCGAAGACUGAUCCCGACGACAACCCGCCGGUGGUCUACAUAGACAUGCCUGAGAGUAACGGCAGCGACGUAGCAGAGAGGAGGAGGGUCGAGAACGAAGAGGAAUCUUUUGUGCAGGAAACGAUAUUUUACGACCCAUUUAAGGGUAGGCAUAUUGGAGUAGCGCGAUCAGAUUCCGAAACCAGUACAGUCAGCGCCGACCAGAGUUCAGAGCCAACACCGACCAGAAGAAUACCACCCAAUACCCUGGAUUUGGUUUCAGCAACCGGUGGGCCAAGCAACACUCAUUUAGGCCUGCCAUCUUCCUUCUCCAAGGAAGCCUCAAUAUAUGGAUCUUCGCUACCUUCAGACGACUACCAGGGGAGAGAGCCCCCUCCCGCUUACACCGAGAGUGACGUAAUGUCCCCAUCACCAACGGGACCCACUCUUGGUAAUGCAGCAUUGUCCCCAGUGUCUAUAACUGAUGAUUCACCAACAGAACCGAACAGGACGCAAGAAAUGUAUUACGCAUACCCGUUUCCCCCAGCGCGGGGUCGGACUAUGCGCGACUCACCCCCAGAUUGGGAGCUAGUCAAAUGGCAGGGGCAUGCCCUCUCGACAUGGGCAACGCUCGGUGACACUCCCAAAAAAUGGGACCAAUUCCCGCGCAGUCGGUACCCUUUCCACCCACCCUUUGCAAGGCGACUCCCACCGCGGGUUGAAGGCGGGGCUCAGCAACAUUCGAACACUACAACUAGUUUAGUUGCGUGUGCUAACUUGAAAUUGCCAUUAGCAAUACUAAUGGUCUUCAAAAAUAUCAAAUAG